AUGUCUCGCGAUCUAAACUUCCAAGGGGGUAAAGAUUUCUGGGGAUCAGUUGCACAAAGUCCCAAUGCUUCUCAAAUAUCAAACAGAGACGAUUUUAUGCGGUCACAGGCAGAUCAGGCAGGCAAUCAGCGCUCAGAUUUUCAAAAUCAAUCCUCUUUAUUGCAGAGUCCUGGACAGCCUCCUCUCCAAGAUCCAUCAAUGAGCGUCGGCUCUGAGUACUGAAGAUCCCAAAAAGCAGCAACAAUGGGAGAAGGGGCUUUUCCACAAGCUCUAAACAGCGCUGAUGCUUUUUGGAAACAAAAAGCCAAUGAAAAACAAGAAAGCUCAGCUAUUCGAGAAUCUGACGAGCUCAGAUACGAAAAAUCCAAAACCCAAGUCCAAGCUGCUUCUAUGGAAACAUUCUUUAAAAGCCAAGCAGAAAGCAAAAAAGGUGUAAGAAAAAACGUCAGUCAAAAACCCGGCACAAAAGGGGCGAAACGACAAGCCUCAGGCCCACGGUCAAAUUUAUCAGAAAAAGAAAAAGCCGCCGCCUAUUUCGACUUAUAUGACCAAAAUUUAGAACUAAAAAACCACCACAAUAAGCUAGAAGAAGAAUUAAAAAAGGUGACAACUCAGCUGAACCGGCUAAAAGAAAGCGUCAAAAGUGAAAGAAACCUUGCAGAGUCUUUAACAGGCCAAGACUUUAAGUCCAGCAAUAUCGAAAUCAGUGAAGUCGAAAGGCUUAAAAAAGAAAAAUCCGAAUUAGCAAGAAAAAUAAGAGAAAUUGAAGGAGCCGCGUCUACAGGGAAGCUAGGAAAGCAGCUUGCCUCACGUGACGGGCCUUUUUUAAAGCAGCACAGCAUGAAGCCUAAAGUGAUAACUCAAGCUGUCCACUAUGACAUCCACAAAAACAAAACCCCUAUCAAGAUGAUGGACGACAGCACCGCCAUAGUCGGCUAUGACGAAAAGCCACAAAUGCAGACUGUACAGAUAAGGGACAUAAACUAUGAAGGACUUAUAAGGGAGCUUGAAGACACCAAAAUUCAGCUAUCCCGAGAACGUGCCAAAGUAAUUGAGCUAGAAAUCAAGCUAAAAGCUUACGAAUCUUCAAAUUCCAAUGAACUUGUAUACAAAAACCAAGAACUUAUAGCAGAAAAUAAAAGGCUAGAAUACCAGCUAAGAGACCUACUGAAUUCCCCGUUUAAUAAAGACUCAAAAGACCCCAAACUGCAGAUUUUGGAAAAUGAAAUUAAUAUGAGGACUUCGUCAUUGCAGGAUUUUCAGCAGAAAAUUGCAAAAUUAGAAGGAAAUGUGGCGUAUUUGACACAGGAAUUGAAAAAUAUGACACAAGAGAGGGAUAGGUUUAAAGAUGAGUGCUUAAAACUAUCUGUGAGGCUAGAGGAGAAAAAUAAAUAUUUUGAUGAGUUUGAAACUCAGCUGAGGUCUCUAGGAGGGACUGAUGUAGAUGCUUUUAUGAGGGCGCUAGGGCUAAUGAAACUUAAAGGAGAAGAACCAGCCUGGUCAAGGCUAGAUUUUAUUGAAAGAACUAGCAAUGUGCCUGAAGAUAUUCCGAAUCUUAAAAGAGAAAUAGAAAGACUUAAGCUUGAAAAAGGCCAGCUAGCUGCAGAACUAGAAAAAAUCCAAAAUUUAUUAGUCUUGAAAAAUGAAAUGGAAAAAGAAAAAAAUGCGUUACAUAGCAGUGAAAGCGAGCAGCUACAAAUGCAGUUAAAAUCAGCCCAACAAAGAGCUGAGGAGUUAGCUAGAUUAGCGGAUUUCAGAGCAAACCGUGUAAUUCAGCUUGAAAGAAACCAGCGUCUUAAUGUAUAUGAUGAUGCCAAUCGAAUUGUUGCUACAAAAACACAAAUUUCUUUAGCAGAAUUUGACGGUGCAGCUGCAGAGUUUGUAGAUAAUGGCACUGAGGUCGGAACUGGAGAAAAUAUCGUAGAUUUAUGGCUAGGCGCUGCUGAGUUCUAUUUAUUUGCCUUAGAACAAGCCCUAAAAGAAAACAUGCCUUAUGAGCGGAACUUUGUGUCCUUUUUAACUGUCGAUUUCUUUAACCACGAAACCCAAUCCACUUCUCUCUGUGAAGGCUUGACCCCAAAAUACCAAAUCCACAUAAGUUUCAAGGUAAACGUCGACGAAUUUUUCAUAAAAACCCUUGAAAAGGACUAUAUUUAUAUAGAAGCCCACAUAAAUAAAGGUGACUCACAUUUGACUUUUGCGAGAGCAAAAGUCCCACUAGUAGAAUUGUUAGAACGGGCUGGGCCUAUGUCAGACGCCAAUAUGAAGCCAGGGAUAAUAGAGUCAGCCUGUACCUUUGUGAGUGCUUUUGAUGGUCGGACUUCAGUUGGUGUACAAACUUUUAAGCUGAGGAUGAGACACCCGCUUAGUGAAGCUUUGAGGUGGUUUAAAGAAAAACAAGAAAUUGUGGAACUUUCUAACCCUAAACAGUAUGCAUUAGAAACUGUAUAUGCAGCUGACCCUAAUUUAAAAGAAAGAAGCUUGAUGGUGACUGUGUUUAGGUGUAUUGGGCUUACUGGGACUGUAUAUCCAGGGAAUUUAAGGCCAUUUGUGUUUUACCAGUUUUUCACGGAGCCGGAAUAUAUGACUAAAAGUGCAGUAGGGCCAGACCCGGUUUAUGAUGAGACGUCGACUAUAAAAAUAAAGGUAGGCCCUGAUCUUAAAAAAUACCUUGACUCACAGACUGUAGAAUUUAUUGUGUUUGAUGACAAUGCGCCUAUUAGAGAAGGAGGACAAGAUAUAAUAGGGACAGCCCAUGUGCCUUUGACAGCACUUUUACUAGAUACUGCUAUAGAAGGAACUUAUCAGCUUUUUAAUUUAAGAGGUCAAGAAGCUGGAGGCAUUUCUCUAAGGAUUGCAUGGAGAGACUCAAAAGCUGACCAAAUAGGCUACGGCACACCUCUUACUGAAGCAUGGGAAAGAGAAGCUUAUGAACGAAUAGCCAAAGCCCUAAGUGCCAGAGGGCUUGGCCUUGACUCAGGGUUCGCUAUUUUUGACCAGGACCAAAAUGGCUUAAUUUCUCCUCAGGAAUUCAGAAAUACCAUCCUCAUCACAUUGCGGCUGCCUCUAUCUGAGCAAGAAAUCCAGCUCCUCAUAAAUGCUUGCAAUCUUGUGGACGGAGGAAUUACAAAGACCUUAUUCAGACAGAAAUUUUCAGGUCUUUUAGCAGCUGAUAGGACACUAAAAGCUGAAGAACCAUGGGAAGAACAAGUUCUUGAGCUCGUAAGGCAGCGAAUUAUAGAAAAAAGGCUCAGCAUUUGGCAGACGUUUGAGGCUUUUGACUUAAACAAAGAUGGAACUGUCUCAGCAGCUGAAUUUAGGCAGACUUUUAAAAUAAUGCAGCUUGGGCUUAAUGAUGAGGAAAUAGAAAGAAUUCUUAAAUAUUUUGACCCCAGGAGGACUGAUAAAAUAGACUAUAGGAUUUUUUGUGAAAAAUUGCAGCCAAGAAGUGGAGGGAAACCAACACAGGUCAAUAAUAAUACGGAUGCCGCAUUAAUUUUGGCAAAAGUAGGGCAGCUCAUUACAGAGAGCCAGCUGACGUUUAGAGACGCUUUUAAGGUUUUUGAUGAAAAUGGAGAUGGGCAGAUAUCAAAACAAGAGUUUUAUAAGGUCUUUGAAAUGAUGAAAAUUGGGCUGACACCGAGAGAAAUAGAAAACCUUUGAAAUUAUUUGCCGAAAAAUCCAUCUGGGUUUUUACUGUAUGAAGCUUUUUGUGCAGGGUUUGAAGGGACUCCGAGGAAUGGGCCUGGACAAGUGAGAACUACAGUUGCGCAGGUAAGGGAAUAUAUACAAAAUCAGCUGAGAAAUAAGCGUGCAGAUAUAGGUAGCUUGUUCAGAGCUUUUGAUAAGAAUUUAAGUGGAACUCUAAGCAGGCAAGAAUUCAGAAACGCCCUUGAACAUUUAGGCCUAAACCUUACUACUUAUGAUGUUGAAAUGCUAGUCGACGUGGCAGACGCCAAUAAAGAUGGCUCAAUUACUCUUCACGAGUUCAUUGAAUUUGUCCAGCCUUCUGAAAACAUGGUUUCAGUCUUCAAAAGAAUGAUGAAAAGGAGCGGCAUAUCUGCGCCUGACCUUUUCAAUAUUUUUGACGCUGACAAAAACGGGAUAAUCACAAAAGACGAGUUCAAAAGAGUCCUGGCAAGCCUAAAAAUUCCUUUGACGCCAGAAGAAGUAGAAGCUUUAUGGACAUUUAUUGACAAAGAUAAAAGCAAUACUAUAAACUUCAAAGAAUUCCAAGAUUUAUUAAGGGAAGCAGCACCUAUUUCGAGAACUAAUACAAGAAUGAGUGAAGGAUCAAGACUUCCGACUGAGGAAAGUAAAGCGACACCAGUUCCUCCACCAGAUCCAUUGGAAAGUAUAGUAAAAGUGAUCGCUUCGAGUGGAAUAAACUUGUUUGACGCUUUUAAAGUAUUUGAUAAAAAUAAUGAUGGGUAUAUAUCAAGGCAAGAACUUAUCAAAGUUUUCCAAGACAUGAAGCUUAACCUAACAAAUACUCAAAUUGAGAUUUUACUGACUCCCCCUCCCUCCGUGAGUGAACAAAAACAUUUUGUUCACUCACGGAGGGGGGUUUAAUUUUUUUUUUAAAAAAAUCUAUAUAUAAAUUUUAUUAAAAUAUUUUUUUUUUCGAAAUUCAAAACAUUCCUAAUUCUCAAAAAUUGGAAAGCAAAUAAUAAUUUAAUUUAUAAAAUUUAUUUUUAAAAAGCAAUUCGUUUAAAAUUAAACAGAAUUAGCUCUAGAUUUCAUUAUACUAAUCAUUUAUAUAUCAAAAUUUUUUUCUAUUAAAAAAAUUUUUGUUCACUCACGGAGGGUGGGUUUUUGGUCAAAAAAUAGCGAUUUUUCUAAUGGUUUUGUUCACUCACGGAGGGGGGGAGUGAGAAAAAUUGAUAAGUCAGGCGACAAUAGAAUUUCUUUUGAUGAAUUCAAAGAGCUUUUCAAGAGUUACGGAACGGAAGUAAAUCCAAGAACCCAAGGAGCUGCCCAAACCCAAGCUCAAGCAGCUAGGAAAAAAAUCAGAAGCGUCCCAGAGCUUAUUCAUAUGCUCGAUGACCAUAUGACAAAGCAAAAAUUAACCUUAGUCAGGCUAUACAACCAAGUUUUUGACCAAAACAAAGACAGCUGGAUUUCCAAAGAUGAGCUUAUGAAAGGCUUUAACAGAAUUCUUGAACACCCAUUAACUGAAAGCGAAACAAACAGCCUUGUAACUGAGCUCUGUCCAAAAGGCCAAACCAGAAUUAGUUUUAACAACCUAAAAGACGUAUAUGCCAGAUAUUCCAAAAAAUCAGAAACGGCGGCACAAGAUGCAUCCAGAAGGCAGCUGCUGGAGUCUUCUGAGUCAUUAAAUAGGUCAAUUGGACAAUCACAAGCAAAAACAGCACAAGAUUUUAGGGUAAAUUCACCGACACAAACUCAGCAAGAUUUUAGACCUUCACCGACACAGACUGCACAAGAUUUUAGACAGCCUCCAAGUCAGACUAUGCAGGAUUUCAGACAGUCUUCACAAGGAUUUGGCCAAGGACAGGAUAUAAGAAGCUCAGGGCUAAACCAGCCAGGACAGAGAGCUUCACCAGCUCAGACUGGACAAGAUUUCAGGCAAGAUUCAAUGGGCAGAGGAAUGGGAGCUACACAAGAAGGAUUUAGGCAGGCUCCUACAGACCAAAGAGGAGAGCAAAAUUAUUAUAAUAGAGCAAAUGUGCCGCCAGGCCAAAGCUCAACUCCAAGCCAAUAUGAUAUAAGAAGUAGCAAUACGCCAGAAAGCUUUAGGACAGGGACUGACCUUGGGAGCUAUAGAGCUCAAGAUCCUUAUAAUCAGCCAGGAUAUGGCAGGACUCCUCAACAAACUCAAGGCAAUCUUCCAACGCCUGGGUAUAGUGAAGAACCUACUAGAGCUCCUCAAGAAGCUUAUAAACAAAUAGCCCCUGGCUAUGGUCAAGAGCCUUCUAGAGCUCCUCAGCAAGGACAACAAAUAGCCCCUGGAUACGGCCAAGAGCCUUCUAGAGCUCCUCAGCAAGGACAACAAAUAGCUCCUAGCUAUGGCCAAGAUCUUUCAAGAGCUCCUCAGCAAGGACAACAAUUAGCCCUUAGUUAUGGCCAAGAUCUAUCAAGAGCUCCUCAGCAAGGACAACAAAUAGCACCUGGUUAUGGCCAAGAUCUAUCAAGAGGUCCUCAGCAAGGACAACAAAUAGUACCUGAUUACAGCCAAGAGCCUUCUAGAGCUCCUCAACAAGGACAACAAAUAGCCCCUAGCUAUGGCCAAGAUUUAUCUAGAGCUUCUCAGCAAGGACAACAAUUAGCCCUUAGCUAUGGCCAAGAUAUAUCUAGAGCUCCUCAGCAAGGACAGCAGCUAGCCCUUAGCUAUGGCCAAGAUCCCUCAAGAGCUCCUCAGCAAGGACAACAAAUAGCUCCAAGCUAUGGUCAAGACCCUUAUAAACAAACUACCCCUAGCUACAGCAGAGAGUCAACAAGAGGACCACAGCAACCCCAAGAUCCUUAUAAACAAACUGCGCCUAGCUAUGGUAGCCAGCCUCCUACUACUAAAGAGCCUCCUAGAAGAUUUUAA